ACUCUGUGAUACCUUAAUUCAUAAUAUGGCAGUUAUAUUCCUCACUUUAUAAUGCGAUUAGUCAUUGUAUGCAAAUAAAUAUUUCUGAAUACCUGCACAUGUCAGUUCCUAAAGCAAAUAUGAUAUCUUCAUGGAGUUAUUUUAUUUUAUCGGUAUUAUUACUGAUUGGAUUACUUCGAAAAUGUCGUGAAUGUACAUGGGGAAAGUGUAAAAGUACAGAUAGUUUACUAGGCCGAGUAUUUAUUGUAACAGGUGCUAACUCUGGUAUUGGUAAAGAAACAGUAAAAGAAUUAGCUAAGAGGAAAGCUACAGUUAUUUUAGCUUGUAAAAAUUUAAAAACUGCUCAAAAUGCUAUAUCUCACAUACGUACUCAAAUAUCUACUGGAGAAUUGGUACCAAUGGAAUUAAAUUUGGCAUCAUUUUCAUCGAUCAGAGAAUUUACUACAGAAGUAAUAAAGAAUUUUGCAGAGAUUCAUGUAUUAAUUAAUAAUGCUGGAGUAUAUGUUCCUUUUAAAGAACAUGCUUUAACUGAUGAUGGAUUUGAAAUUCAUUUUGGUGUAAAUCAUCUAGGUCAUUUUCUGCUUACAAAUUUACUUUUGGAUCAUUUAAAACAAAGUGGACCAAGCAGGAUUGUUAUUGUAACAUCCAAACUUUUUGAAUCUGGAGUAAUUGAUUUUUCAAAUCUAAAUGGUGAAAAAGGAUUAGUUGUUAAAGAACGCAUGAAUCCUGCCUAUUGUAAUUCAAAAUUGGCAAAUACAUAUUUUGGUAUUGAACUUGCAAAACAAACAAAGAAUUGUGGUAUUAAUGUUUAUAUGGUGUGUCCUGGAUUUACUUACACAGGAUUAUUUAGAAAUGUUAAAAGGAGUUGGUUUCAUUACAUUAUAUUUUCACCUCUUGCUUUAUUAUUUUUACGUACUCCAAAUCAGGGUGCACAGACUGUAUUACAUUGUGCAACAGAACCUUCCUUAUCCAAUGAAAGUGGUAAUAUUUAUCGCGACUGUAAACUUUAUACUUCAAAAAAGGAACUUGAUCCUGAUGUAGCAUUACGCUUGUGGAAUGUGAGUGUAAAAUUAACUAAAAUUAAUGAGUCUUUGAAAUGA